GUUUACAUUUUUCGUAAUUUGUUUAGUUCUACAGCAAUAUUCGGUACUCUCUUUAGCCUAAAACUUCGAAUUGAAUAAGUAAUUAAGAUUUGCACAUUAUAAACACCAGUGCCUACCGUUAAUAUGUCUGAUAGCAAAAGGAAAACAUCGAAUCAAGGCUACUCCUCAAUACCGGAUAAACGAACUAAACUGGAGGAGGUCAACUCCGAUGAAGAUGAGGUUGUACACAUCACUAAACCAAGGGUUCCUGAUCCGGCGCUGCUCAAACGGUCGAAGCAGUGUCCCUAUCUGGACACCAUCAAUCGACACUUGCUCGAUUUCGACUUCGAGAAACUGUGUUCGGUUUCACUGACGAGGAUAAACGUUUACGCCUGUCUGGUUUGUGGAAAGUAUUUCCAAGGAAGGGGCACAAACACCCACGCGUAUACGCAUUCGGUGGCCGAAUCGCACCAUGUAUUUCUGAACUUGUCCACACUGAAGUUUUACUGCCUGCCGGACAACUAUGAAAUCAUCGACUCGUCGCUGGAUGAUAUUAAGUAUGUGCUCAAUCCGGUUUUCACCUUGAAAGAUAUCAAAAACUUAGAUAAGGAAGACCACAAAAUGUCGCGAACGGUUGACGGAACGCUCUACGCGCCGGGGGUUGUCGGAAUGAACAAUAUCAAGGCGAAUGAUUACUGCAAUGUGAUUUUGCAAUCGCUGUCGCAUGUCAAGCCGAUCCGCGAUUUCUUCCUGAUCGAGAAAAAUUACGCCAACACCAAGAGACCUCCGGGGGAUACGGCAUUUACGCUGGUGCAACGAUUCGGCGAAUUGCUUCGCAAGUUGUGGAACCCUCGCAAUUUUAAGGCCCAUGUUUCUCCGCACGAAAUGCUGCAAGCGGUUGUGUUGUGGAGCAGUAAAAAGUUCCAGAUCACUGAGCAAGGGGAUCCAAUUGAGUUUUUGUCGUGGUUCUUGCACAGUUUGCACAAGCAGUUACGAGGAAAUAAGGAUCGGAACUCUUCGGUCAUAAAUCGAACGUUCUUGGGGGAGAUGAUAAUUUAUACCAGAAAGUUGCCGCCAACGGAACUGGAUGAUGUGCAGAAGCAGCUGCUACUGGCGACCGAUGAGUACCAGGAGAAACAGGAAACUUCGACCUUCCUCUAUCUGACGUGCGAUUUACCGGCCACGCCUCUGUUUAUCGACGAGUUCAGGGAGAAUAUUAUUCCUCAGGUUAAUCUGUACCAGUUGCUGGCGAAGUUCAACUCGGUGUCCGAGAAGGAGUACAAAACAUACAAGGAGAAUUUCCUCAAGCGUUUCGAAAUAACACGGCUGCCCAAGUUCGUGAUACUGUACAUCAAGCGGUUCACCAAGAAUACCUUCUUCCUGGAGAAGAACCCAACGAUCGUCAAUUUUCCGGUGAAGAACAUAGACUUCGGCGAUAUUCUCACCGAUGAGAACAAACAGCGUCAUACGCAAACAAAGUACAAUCUGGUGGCGAACAUCGUGCACGAUGGCGAUCCGAAGUCUGGCACCUACCGGUGCCAUAUUUUACAGAAAAGUACCAACCAGUGGUACGAAAUGCAGGACUUACAUGUCACCAGUAUUCUGCCGCCGAUGAUUACGUUAACAGAAGCGUACAUUCAAAUCUAUGAACAACAGGACGAAGAUGAAAAAGAGGAUCCUCGACAUUCGUAGGAGGAAGAUCGUUCGAGUGCUUAGGUAAUUUAUAUAACUGAUGCUUGGGAAUAUGUUAGAUAGUUGCAGCGAUGAGUGUGAAUUAAAUGAUCGAGCAUCCUUUCAUCCAAUAAAUCGUAUGCGGUUUAUGAAUACAUAAUAGAGUAAGGAUUGUCAAUCGGAAACAGAUAUGAGAAAAGUGAAAACUUGAUACUUGUUGAUACUUGAAUGCUUGUGCGUUGGGUAAAAAUGUAAACGAGCCAUGAUUUCACUCCAGCUUAAUCGAAUUGAAUCAGUCCGAAAGUUUCCUUUCUUUGCCUUCAUCCUCCGCUGGUUGGAUAGAACUGUGAAAUAUAUUUUCCAAAGAAUCCCGAGACUGGAUACUGUGAGCACCACGAACGCAAUCACAUGUUUAUUUGAUUUCACAUUUUCUAAAGAGCAUUGACAACAUUGUUUUGAUGAUACCAUCCAAAAUUGCGAUGUAGUCCAGAAUAGCCCAUAACAUUGUAAUUGUAAAAUACUUAAAUCUGGGCUUUGAGGAGGCCCUUUAAGGCCAACCCCAUGAUUAUUCGUGUACAUGACCAUCAAACGUUUCAAGGAGUCUGGCACAUUUGUUUAUUUAUUUAAGCUCAUCAGCAUUCUAGCUGUAACAAAAUCGGAUUCAAUCGUGUACAUGUUAAUUUUUUUAUUCUUUAUUUGAGAGGAUUUGAUCCUCCUGGACUGGUUCGUCUCUUCAUCGACGGCAUUGCGGUAAGUUUUGAGAUCAAAUUAUUGCACAUGAAAUUAUUACAAAAAAGUUUUACUUCAAAUGACACAAAAAAUUAAACACAUAAAACCAUUUUCAAAACAUAAUUUGACAAAAUAAAACUCCAGGGCAGUGGA